CCUUCAUCCUGCCCUGCUUUCAUUCUUUUUUUUCCCCCCUCAGCCAAGGAGAAGUCUUGAGAGCCAGACUCAAGCUGAGCAAGCCUUGCAGGCUGAGUGCGCUCGCCUCAACUCCAGGAAUCCGAACAACAAUCUGAAAUCCACGCACGCAGCCUGCUGAAAACCCAGCGUGUGAAGAGGGACAUGUGAAGUUCUUGAAGCUGCUGCGGUGUCGGCGUCGUCAGCGGUAACCUGGAAAGAUGGCGUGGACACGGGCACGCCUGCUCAUCGCCUCUGCCUUGCUUGGGUUUUUCCUUCUCGGUGCGUCGGUGGAAGGAGAUCCGCGGGCAGCGCAACAGGAGGAGGAGAAGAUGUCGUGUCAGGGCGCGUUUGACCUCUACUUUGUUGUAGACAAAUCUGGAAGUGUCAAGAAUCACUGGAAAGAGAUUUAUGACUUUGUCGAGCAGGUGGCAGAAAAAUUCAUAAGCCCAAUGCUGAGGAUGUCCUUUAUAGUCUUCUCCACCAAAGGGAAUAUCAUCAUGAAGCUGACUGAGAACAGGGAGGCCAUAACUCAAGGCUUAAGGGCUCUGUACACCGUGGUCCCUGGAGGAGACACGUUUAUGAACUUGGGUUUGGAGAUGGCCAACGCACAGAUAUAUCACGAAAAUCACGGAACUGCCAGUGUCAUCAUCGCCCUGACCGACGGAGAGCUGAAUGAGCGGCAGUUUGACACAGCUCAGCGAGAGGCACAAAGAGCCAGGUCUCUGGGAGCAAUUGUUUAUUGUGUUGGGGUCAAAGAUUUCAACCAAACCCAGCUUGCAACUAUUGCAGACAGUAUUGAACAUGUGUUUCCUGUAGUCGGAGGCUUCCAAGCCCUCAGAGGAAUCAUCGACUCGAUCAUCAAGAAGUCUUGCAUAGAAAUUCUGGCAGCUGAACCAUCCAGCGUGUGUGCAGGAGAGAGUUUCCAGGUGGUUGUGAGAGGGAACGGUUUUCUGCAUGCAAGAAACAUCGAUCACGUCCUCUGCAGCUUCAAACUGAAUGAGACACACACUGUGGAUGAAAGACCAGCUGGAAUAGAGGACACCUUCCUUCUGUGUCCUGCUCCUGUCAUAGAGGAAGUGGGGAAGGUGGUUUACCUGCAGGUGACCAUGAACGAAGGCCUCUCCUACAUCACCAGUUCUGUGCACAUCACUACCACGGAGUGUUUCGACGGCACCAUAGUGCUAAUUUCCCUGCUGGUUGUAUUCCUGCUCGUGGCUCUGCUGCUGAUGUGGUGGUUCUGGCCCCUCUGCUGCACCGUGGUAAUCAAAGAACCUCCACCGCCUCCACCUCCAGAGCCAGAAUCUGAUGAUGAAGACGGAAUGCCCAAGAAGAAAUGGCCCACAGUGGAUGCUUCGUAUUAUGGAGGAAGAGGAGUGGGCGGUAUCAAACGCAUGGAGGUGCGUUGGGGAGAGAAGGGAUCCACUGAGGAAGGGGCUAAACUGGACAAACCUAAGAAUGCAGUUGUGAAGAUGCCAGAGCAGGAAUUCGAACCGUACGAGCCCAAACCCAGAAAGCCUCCCCGCAGGCAUCCUCAGCAGAAGAAGUGGUACUCACCCAUUCAGGGAAAACUAGAUGCUCUGUGGGCUCUGUUCAGAAGAGGUUAUGACCAGGUGUCAUUAAUGAGACCUCAGCCUGGAGAUCAGGGUCGCUGCAUUCGCUUUCAGCGGGUCCAAGACAAGUCCACCCCAAAUCACCAGGCCUAUCCCCACAGGCCUCACUCCUCCUCAGCGCCUCCACCUGCCCCUUCUCCUCCACCAGCCGAACAGCAGUCUCUGGUCUCCAACUCCGUCCCCCGUACGAAGCCUCCAUCAAGAGGACCACGUACCGCACCGCCCCCGAUCACUACCCCACCCUCCAGAGCACCUCCUCCAGUGGCCCGACCCCCACCAGGUCCACCUCCAACCCGUGCACCACCAGGGCCUCCAGGACCCCCUCCGUCACGACCCCCACCAAGGCUGUAACGAUGAAGGGAAUAGGUGCAAUAAACACCUGGGAUGUUUUAAUAUCCUUUUAAAAUAAUGUCUUCCAGCCCAAAUACUAAAGAUUGAAAUGUUUCAGGUCAGCUGUGUUGUUGAGCUCUUUGUCUGUUGCUGGACAGCAAAAUGUAUCUGUCAGAACCUGGAAAAGACAAGAAAGUCUUAGGUGGAGAGUGGAAGUGCAAUUCUUUCUAGACUUUAGGGUUGUUGUAGGUUUGUUUGUGUCUGAGGGAGAAAUAGAAAAACUUGUCAGAUUUUCAUUUAAUGAUAAAUAAAAAUGGAGCAUGUAGAAAAUGGCUCUGCUGGCUUCUUAGAUAACACAACUGCCUUUGGGUGUCAGCGGUUCUGCGUAAACCUUCUCAACAAAAUAAAAACAUUUUCCUGCAACAACUUAGAGAAGUUCAGUGAUCUUAAAGCAACUGCAGGGCAGUUUCUCAGCAUUUUAUUUAUUGUAAUUUGCUCUUUCUCUUCCACAUCUGCUAGAUUUGUAGUUUUUUGAACCAUGGAGGGCCUGCACCGUGACAGAUUUUAAACCUCAUUUUUGUGCCAUCCUAUAUGAGACAGACACCUUCCAGUAGAUGAUCGCAUUGAAAAUGAGUAUCUUCUGGGUUUUUCUGUAUUCUGCUUUUACUGACAUGAAAUGAUCAUUUUGCAUUGUUUCUUCCAAAACUUGUGCCUAUCGUCAAUAAAGACAUUUUUUAAUAA